AGUUACAGUGAAGGAGAUAACACUUCGGCAGCUAAGAAGGUGAAGAAUAUGGAGUCAAACGGAAAUACAGAAAUGGACGAAGGAAAAGGAGAACGUAUAAACAACAACGAUAAAGAUUACGAAAUGACUACCUUCGAGGUUGAAGAAGCAAGAAAGAGGAAACACAUUGAAUAUUCUUCCAAUGCAACAAUAUCUGUUACUGCUCAUGAAAAGGAGGAAAAAAUGGUUAUUACUCCAAAAGAAGAUGAUGUCAAGAAAUAUAGUAGUGUUAAUGUGGAAACUCUUCCUCUUCCUAAACAAGCUACUGACAAAGCUGAUGUCAUUGGUCUGUCGAAGGAAGAGCAGAUUACAAUAAAUAAGAUCGUGAAUAUUGUUGAGCCAAAGGAAAAUAAAAAAAUGGAUAAAGAUUACGAAAUGACUACGUUCGAGGUUGAAGAAACAAGAAAGAGGAAACACAUUGAAUAUUCUUCCAAUGCAACAAUACCUGUUACUGCUCAUGAAAAGGAGGAAAAAAUGGUUAUUACUCCAAAAGAAGAUGAUGUCAAGAAAUAUAGUAGUGUUAAUGUGGAAACUCUUCCUCUUCCUAAACAAGCUACUGACAAAGCUGAUGUCAUUGGUCUGUCGAAGGAAGAGCAGAUUACAAUAAAUAAGAUCGUGAAUAUUGUUGAGCCAAAGGAAAAUAAAAAAAUGGAUAAAGAUUACGAAAUGACUACGUUCGAGGUUGAAGAAACAAGAAAGAGGAAACACAUUGAAUAUUCUUCCAAUGCAACAAUACCUGUUACUGCUCAUGAAAAGGAGGAAAAAAUGGUUAUUACUCCAAAAGAAGAUGAUAAGAUCGUGAAUAUUGUUGAGCCAAAAAAAAAUAAAAAUAUGGAUGAAGAUUAUGAAACCAGUAGCUUCGAGGAUAUUGCUACUAGUGAAUCUGAUGAUGAUGAAGAGGUUAUGAAGAAGUCGGAGGAAGACCUGAUUACAAUAACGGUCCAGAAGUAUCCUUGCAAAUCUUGUAAAUGGUCAUUCUCUACAGAAAAAAAAUUACAUGAUCACAUCAGAAAUUUCCAUGUGGAGAAGCCUACAAUGUUAACCGAUGUAGAAAGUGUUUGUAGUGUUAAUGUGGGAACUCUUCCUCUUUCAAAACCAGCUACCGACAAAGCUAAUGCCAAUGGUCCGUCGAAGAAAGAACAAAUUGCAAUAAAAGUCCAGAAGUAUCCUUGCAAAUCUUGUAAAUGGUCAUUCUCUACAGAAAAAAGAUUACAUGAUCACAUCAGAAUUUUCCAUGUGGAGAAGUCUACAAUGUUAACCGAUAAGAUCGUGAAGAUUGUUGAGCCAAAUGAAAAUACAAAAAUGGAUGAAGGAGUAGAACGUAGAAACAGUAAUGAAGAUUAUGAAAUCAGUAGCUUCGAGGUUGAAGAAGCGAGAAAGAGGAGACGCAUUGAAAAUUCUUCCAAUGCAACAAUACCUAUUACUACUCCAAAAGAAGAUGAUGUGAAGAAAGUUAGUAGUAUUGUCAAUGUUGAAACACUCCCUCUUUCAAAACAAGCUACCGACGAAGCUAAUGUCAUUACUCAGUCGAAAGUCAAUUCAUAUCCUUGCAAGUCUUGUAUUAAGUCAUUCAAAUCAGAUAAAGCAUUACAACAGCACAUUCGUGAUAAGCAUGAGGACAAAACUUGCAAAUCAAUUUCAACCUCUUCUCCCAUAAUCAUCAGUUAAAGUGGACUAUUCUAUAUCUCUAUCAGUUGGACAGAUCUGGUUGUUUAUUAAGAAUGUUUCAAAUAACUUCAUGUUUUAUUUUAUUGAAUUUACAUUAUAUUUGAUUAUACAUUUCAAUAGAAAAACUUAAAGUCAAUGCUGUUGGGAUGCUGCUUCAAUUGGAAUUGGUUCUACUUUUUAUCUAAAUAUAAAUCAGAUUACAAUUUA